AUGGCGGCGCAUCUACCUACAAUCAACUUCAACCCUUUAGCUCCCGUCACACCUCCGCCCGAGCAUCUCUCCUUCCGGAAACCUGCACUUCCCCUUUCUGCUCAACUGAAACGCAAGGCCGCCGAGGCCAACAUCACCAAUGAUCAUGUCACAAUGAAGAAGGAGCAAUCCCCAUUAAACAACCCGUCCAUGGCCCCUCCAAAGCCGACGUCGAUUCCUAGUGCGAAUGCAGACCCGAACCAGCCGCCCAUGGAUCCCCGAUAUGUCGCCAUGGUUUCGCGUAUCGCUGCCUAUUACCAGCAACGUUGCCAGGCUAUCUCCAACGCGCAGCAGCAAAGAUGCCAGGCUUGGGCCAACAUGCACAGGCAAAAGUGUCAAGAGAUGAUGCAGGCAGCCAUGUUGGUGGUGGCGUGGUACAUCCGCGACCGGAUUCAGCGGAGACGCCGGAGGCAAAAGAAGCAGUUCCGCACCGGCUUGAGAGCGCAGAGCACCCGGUCCCGCGUUACAAAGGGCGAAGGAGUACGGCGCUGGGUCAUGAAUGUGCCCGAGGGCAUGUCAUCACCGCACAUCCCGGGGCUCGAUGACCUCGCUGACCAAGAGGAAGCCCACUUCUCCAUGGACAAGGAGGUCCCACCGGACAAAGACACCAAGCUAUUUGAGAUGGCCGACAACAUGAUUAGGAGUCAGUACCGCAAGGUGGAAGUGCCCAUCCUCGGCGUGCUAGGCUUCGAGGAGGACGAAAGCGAGAGUGAGAGCGAGGCCGACGACGACUUUGACCAGCUCAUGGAGGAUGAGCUCGAAGAUGGGGAAGUUGAAGAAUACGACGAUGAAGAUUUGGAUCUAGACGAUGAGGAGGACGAAGAGGAUGGAUCCGAACUCGUUCACCGCGGUACAGGCACUGGCACCGGAAGUCGGGGCAAGGACUCUGGCUUGUCAUCUUGA